CUUUUUACAACAUCAGGCCAAAAUAGGCUAUAGGAUAAUUGCCGCGUAGCCGCAAUCGCCCUGCCCCAGCACAGCAUUCUAGGACCAAAGGACAACAUUUUAUUUUCCCACCCAUGUCUACCCUGAGCUGUGCCUGUUGCUUGACGUGCCCAUGUUGCCCAGGCUGUAAAUGCUGCUAUCUCUGCAUAAAGCUUCGACAAUUUCUGAAUAACAUAACAUCGGGCAGGUGCUGCUCGUGCUGGCGUUUCCUGUUUAGUGAUGAAAGGAACUGUGACUGUUGCUACUGCCCACAUACGGAAGAUGCAAAAUGCCAGUGCUGUCACUGCUCAUGCUCAGAAACCCCCAAUUGUCGCUGGUGCUGCUGUUCCUGUGCCAGUAAUCGGAACUGCAAGUGCUUAUGCUGUACAGAUGAGAACACCGAUUGCCAGUGCUAUGAAAGCAGAUGCUGCACUUACCUCAACUAUUUACCGUACACGUAUAGAUACAGAGGUAGAAGACGCAGAAUUGGAAGUGACACAACUGUCGUUUCACUGGACAGGGAUGUCUCACCACACGCUUUUGUUGACCAGCUCGUUUGCCCUCUGUGUCAGAGGUUGUUUACUCGCCCAUUUAUGCUGCCAUGUAAUCACUGUAUUUGUGAUAGGUGCAUACUGAGAAGUCAAGCUGAGGCGGAGAUCACGGAGAAUUUCUUUAUCAUCACAUGUCCAACUUGCAGCAAAGCACAUUGCCUCCCAUUUGCUCGGAAAAUACAGCUCAGGGUUAAUUACCUAAGAGCCAGAUUGGCUAGGAAGUAUAUGCGCCAACAUGGUUUCCUACGGUGGCGGUUUGACAGAAGCCAUUUACCAGUCUAUUGCCAAGUUUGUGAUGAGCAGCGCAGGGCCACCAAGAGAUGUGUAACAUGUCAACUGAAUUACUGUAACAUUUGCUUGAGGAAUCUCCAUCAGGAUGUCACCUUUCAAAACCACGUAUAUGCCAAAAUCGGUGAUGAAGUCUGGGAAGAAACAAACUGUGUGAUCCAUGGUGAUUCAUUGCUUUCCAAAUACUGCCUUGAUGACCAUGAACUGGUUUGUGAAUAUUGCUGUGAUUCACAGCACAGUGAUCAUAACACCGUUACUUUGCCAAUGGCAUGUUCGAAAAUGGCUGCUGCAUUAUUCUCUGCUAUAGCAAAGUUUAAAAAAGUACGAUAUAUAAUUGAUAAUGAUCUAAUGGAAGUCCUUGUACUAAGAAACAAUUUUAAGUCCUAUAAAGAAACAAAAAGGAAAGAGAUCAGGAAUGGCUUCAUCAAGUUACGGAUCAUACUUCAAGAAAGAGAGAAAGAGUUGAUGGAGGCAGUAGAAAACCUUGAGCUUCAAAAACAGAAGGCACUUCAUGAAUAUGCAGCAUAUACAACAAGGAGAAUUGACCAGAUGGACAGUCUCAUGCAAUAUUCUAAGGAAGCUUUAAAGGAAAGCAGCCACAUUGCAUUUCUGCAGUCUGCAAAUUGUUUGGUAAAUGAAAUUGAAGAUUCCAUUGCAAACAUUUACCAACCAAGCCCACAUCUCAGGGAAGACCCUAUUAAAUAUCUUAAAGUGAACUUUGAAGAACUUGCAGAAAACUUGCAAAGCAUUUUCCCAUCACUUGUAAAUAAGCUGCGCUAUGACAAAAUAACCAAAUGUCCUUACCCUUGUAGUUCUGACGUGAUGAUUCCAAGGAACAUUUCCAGUGCACAUAUUCCUAACCCAUUAGGGUUGAAUCGAAGUCAGUCUUUAUCAUCUUUUACUUCAUUCGAUGAUCCAGCUAUGAUGAACAAUGAACUGUCUCUUAGACCAAAAUCAUCACCGCCAUCUAAAAUGAAAAAUAAUGGCAUGUAUGCAGUUUGGCAUGCAUCCUCGGGUACUGCGAGAAAUGAACUGAGUAAUCAAAGUCAUGGUCUCUAUUACAAUCCAGAAGUACUUGGAGAACCAUCUUCUUCUGUUCCUGGCCUUGUUGUUGUUUACCAAACACUUGUCUAUCCAACUGUUGCUAAGAUUUACUGGACUUGUCCUACAGAAGAAGUAGAGAGCUUUGAAGUUGCUUAUUAUGAAGUAGUUGAAGAAGACGCAGUUGAGAAUUUAGUCCAGCCACAAUUGAUAGGUGUACUUACUGGGAUUGUACAACAGAAUCUGGAAGUACAUAACCUGACACCUAAUACAGAAUAUCUCUUUAAAGUUCGAGCUGUCAAUGAGAAUGGGCCAGGCGAAUGGAGUGAAAUUUGUAAGGUGGUGACUCCAGAUGUGCGUGCAAAAGUGAAAGGUAGAUGGGGACUGCUGCGACAUGUUCAGGCUGCUUUCCAAAAACCAUCCAUAACCUAACCAACUUUUAAGCUAACCAACUUUAUUUAUAUAGAUAUAUACAAAUAUAAAAGAAGACAGAGAAAUAAGCCACUGGAGAGAAAGCAAUUAUAUUUUACCACUUUCCUUUUCCUUAUUUUUUUCUUUUUGUAAACUGAAGCUAGCUAGCAAUAUGUAAUCUGAGAGCAAACACGUCAGAAUAAAGAUCC